AGUGGCAUCGGCAUCUCGCCGACAACUGUCUUACAGCAUCAACGUACUCGCAUAUAUAAGGUGUAUAUUUGUUUACUAGCUUAAUAUUGUGACGAUAGGUUUUAGGAGACGGUUGUUGGAACAUUCUGCACAGUUCAAAGUGGCAGAAUGUCUUCAACAGAAGGGGAAGGGGAAGUACAGGUGACCACGACAGAGGGUAUCCUAAAAGCAGCUGGAAAUGACGAGCUGAAAUUCGGAUUGCUAAUUGGCUUGAUCAAAGUGAAGCAGGUGACAAAUAAAGAUGUUGUCAACACAGUUCUCCAUCUGCUGAUUGGAGAAGAAUUUGACAUUGAGAGUAAUUUCAUCAUCAAGGAGCCACAGAAUAUCCUCCACACACUUCGCCUCCUCACCAACUGCCCAAUCACAUUGCAGGCAGAGAUAUGGAGUGUAUUUACAGCCAUUCUGAAGAAGAGCCGACGCAACCUGCAGGCCUGUACAGAAGUAGGACUGAUAGAACAUGCCCUAAACCUCCUGAAGGAUACCGAGGAUGUUAUAGCUGAUUUAAUGGUGGAGAUGUUGGGAGUUCUGGCUACAUACAGUAUCACAGUCAGAGAACUCAAGAUGCUCUUCAGUCUACUGAAGGCCAUAGAUGGCAAGUGGCCCCAACACUCGGUGAAACUGUUGUCCGUUCUAAACAUGAUGCCUCGACGGGACGGGCCAGAUGAGUUCUUCAGCUUCCCGGGUAAAAUAGGAUCUCACAUCAGUCUGCCACCAAUCAAAACCUGGCCGUACCAAAAUGGUUGGACGUUCUCAUGUUGGCUGCGACUUGACCCUGUCACCGGUGUCACAGUAGAGAGGGAACGCCCAUACUUAUAUUGCUUCAGAACAAAUAAAGGUGUUGGAUACUCGGCCAACUUCCUGGGGAACUCUCUUGUACUGACGGCCAUGAAAGUCAAAGGAAAAGGUUUCCAACACUGUGUCAAACACGAGUUCCAGCCCAGAAAGUGGUACAUGGUGACUUUGGUGUAUGUAUACAAUCGCUGGAGUAAGUCGGAGCUUCGGUGUUAUGUUGAUGGCAAGCUUGUAUCCCACACAGAGAUGUCUUGGCUCGUCAACACUAGUGAUCCGUUUGACAAGUGUUUCCUAGGAGCGAGCUCAGAGGUUGAGGCUGACCACAUGUUCUGUGGUCAGAUGUCCAGUGUGUACUUAUUUAGUGAGUCUCUGUCCCCACAACAGAUAGGAGCUAUCUACCAGUUAGGACCUAACUAUAAGGGUCAGUUUAGAUUUGAAAAUGAGAGUGGUCUGACUGGAAACAACAUCAACAAGAAGCUGGUGUACGAUGGAAAGCUAACAAGCAGCAUCAUGUUUAUGUACAACCCUAUGGCCUGUGACAGUCAGCUGUGUCUGGAAUCGUCCCCCAAAGGAAACCCUUCCUUCUUUGUACACGUACAGCAUGCCCUCAUGUCACAGGAUGUGAAGGCAGUAAUAACCCAGUCCAUACACAGCACACUCCACUCCCUUGGCGGUGUACAGGUGUUUUUCCCAUUGUUUGGACAAUUAGACUUUCCUGUAGACAAAGGUGAUAAGUCUGAGGUGGACCAUACGAUAUGUGCAAACCUAAUGAGUAUAUUGCUGAACCUGCUGGAGAGUUCCGUCACCAUACAACAACAAAUGUUACAGAACAAAGGCUUCUUAGUCAUUGGUUAUCUCCUCGAGAAGGCGUCCCGAAUGCAUGUAACGCCGGCGGUCCUGGAGACCUUCCUAGCCCUCACACAGUAUCUUGUUGACCUGCCCACUGGUAGCAUGCUACUCAAACACCUGUUUGACCACAUACUGUUUAACCCAGCGUUGUGGAUCCACUCCUCUGUAGAGGUGCAAACCAAACUAUACUGUUACCUGGCGACAGACUUCAUCAGUAACGCCCAGAUCUACAACAACAUUCGCCGAGUUAGUGCUGUCCUCCAGACAAUGCACACACUCAAGUUCUACUACUGGGUCGUCAACCCCAAGGAUCGCAGCGGCAUCACACCCAAAGGCACAGAUGGUCCGCGGCCAACUUAUGAUGAGAUCAUUAAGUUACGAUCCUUCAUGCUGCUGUACAUCAAACAACUGUUACUGAAAGGACAGGGAGUACAGGAGGACGAGUUACAGAGCAUCCUCAACUAUCUGUCCACACUUCACGAGGAUGACAAUCUGAUGGAUGUACUCCAGCUGACUGUAUCACUGAUGGCCGAGCAUCCCGCCUCAAUGGUACCAUCCUUCGACAAGAAAAACGGCAUCAGAACUGUUUUUAAGCUGCUAGCAUCAAACUCGGUACCAUUGCAAAUUCAGGCUCUUAAACUUCUUGGCUUUUUCCUCAUGAGGGCCACACACAAGAGGAAGGCUGACUGUAUGGGCCCACACAAUCUCUUCUCUUUAAUCGGUGAACGACUGAUGCUGAACGAACAGAGUAUUACUCUACCAGUGUACAAUGUUCUGUUUGAGUUGCUGACAGAACGUUUGUCUGGUGACAGUGUGAUGGAGAAGCAUGUGGAGCCAGAGUCCUACUUCAGGAUAGAAAACUCAGCUGUGCUGAAGGUGGUGGCAACAAUGAUUCGCCAGUCUAAGCCAACAGCAGAGGUCGCAGAGGUCAAAAAGACAUUCUUAUCAGAUCUAACAAUCCUGUGUAACAACAACAGAGAGAAUAGGAGGACUGUCCUACAGAUGUCUGUCUGGCAGGACUGGCUUUUCUCUCUGUCCUACAUCUAUUCUCGAAAUGAUGAGGAACGGAAGGUCACAGACAUGGUCAUGUCCUUGUUUCGUAUGCUGCUCCAUCAUGCCAUCAAGUACGAAUAUGGUGGCUGGAGGGUGUGGAUAGACACACUGGCUAUUCUCCACUCUAAGGUUGCUUAUGAGGAUUUUAAAAUCCAUAUGUCAAAGAUGUACCGUCAGUAUGAUCAACAACGAGUGGAUGAUGUUGAUCCACAGGAAAGACAGAAUUACCCAAUCAGCACCAUCUCCGGUAUAUCUGACUCCGCCCUCCAGGAACAGCAGGAACCAAUCAAAAGCUCCGUCCAGAUUAAAGAAGUAGAAAAGUCAACCAGUGAUGAAACAAAACCAGAUGAUAAAUCUAAAACAAUAGAGAAUGGUGAUGCUGAAGGUCAUGGAGAGAAUGAGGAGAGGAAAGCAGAGAAAUCAGAGGCUGAUGGGAAGGCAUCAGAGGUCACAAAGGAUGAUGGGAAGGCAUCAGAAGACACAAAGGAUGAUAAGAAGGAACCGGAAGCAGUUGUAGAAGGUGCAGCAGCUGGGGCCAAAUCAGACGAGGUACCUGAGGAGAAGAAGAGUGAGUUACCAAGGGAGAUAAAUACAACAGGUGUGAAGAGAAACCCUUCUAGGGCACAGUCAUUCAGAGGCAGCAUGGAAUCCCAUGGUAACCGACAUGUGUUCAGUCCUGGUCCCCGGGCCCCACCUUUCAGGAUCCCCGAGUUCAGAUGGUCAGGACUUCACCAGAAACUUCUGUCUGAUCUACUCUUCUCUGUUGAGACUGACCUCCAGGUCUGGAAAAGUCACAGUACAAAGACAGUCAUAGACUUUGUCAACUCUGGAGACAACCAUGUUUACGUUGUCAACGUCACUCACAUGAUCUCACAGCUCGCCGACAAUCUCAUCACGUCCUGUGGAGGGUUACUCCCCUUGUUAGCAGCUGCCACCUCCCCGAACGGUGAGGUGGAGAUAUUGGAGCCUACACAAGGCCUCAGUAUAGAACAGGCAGUAUCGAUCCUACAGCGCAUCAUGAACAUGAUGGAUGUCUUGGUGUUUGCCAGUUCUACAAAUUUUGCAGAACUGGAACAGGAGAAGAAUAUGCCGUCCGGUGGAAUAUUAAGACAGUGUUUACGUCUUGUUUGUACAUCAUCAGUGAGGAACUGUCUAGAGUGUCGACAUCGACACCGCCCACAUUCUCCUCCUGGCAGUCCGACAAGUUCCAGUAGUCGCAGUUCACGGAACAUGAAUGGUGUCGAUCCGAUACAGUCACUGAUCAUGGCUUCUCAUCCCACUGAACGGAAUAUUGUUGAGAACUUGAACGAGCAGACAUCACCUAUCAAGGAUUAUGAGAAACUACUUCAGGAUAUGGACAUAAAUCGCCUCCGUGCAGUGGUUUACCGUGACGUUGAGGAAACAAAACAGGCACAGUUCCUUGCCCUGGCUAUUGUCUAUUUCACAUCUGUGCUAAUGGUAUCAAAAUACAGAGACAUCCUUGAACCACCAACCCCAGCAGCCACCCCGACUGCCAACUCUCAUCGUCAGUCCAUCAACUCACCCUCAGUGACAGCUUCCGAUAUCCUACAAAACUUACGACCCCUUCUGAUGGAGAGAUCGUCACAUAGCGACCUUAAAUCUUUGUACCUGGAACAAAAGAUUGUUAAGAGCCCAACAGACAUCGCAAAAGGAGGCACCGCUAAACCGACAGACUCCAGACAUGGGUCCAAGAAUAUUGAGAUUAUUGCUGAUGAGGGAGUGGGAAUUCUCGCUCACAUGUCCACAGCUAUUGUAGAAGAUGAUUGUCACUUAGUACAGCCAGCCAAUCAGGGCACGGAGAAUGACUCAGCUUGUGAGGUCGACCAAAACAUAAAGACAAGCUCUCAGGGGGCCAACCAGAAUGAGGAGACUAUCUCCGUGACAACCACACAGAGUAGCUUAGCAUCCCAGUCUGGCUCCUCGGCAACCAACCAGAGCUGUGAGGAAAACGCCUCCUCAGAGACCAAUCAGAUGUCAGAGUCAGAAGGUCAGUUGGGGUCAACAGAUGGCACCACAUCCACUGAUGGCACAAUGUCAACUGAACAGUCCAAAGAUGAGGAACUGGAGAGUGGAGAGGAUGUGGGGACCAGUGAAGGGGACCUCACACAGGAGAUCACAGAGGAAGAAGACCAAGAUGAAGAGGAACCUCAUGGGGAGCCCCAACAGAACAAUGUAGAUGAGGAACCACGUGAACGAGUGAAAAUUAAGGCUGAUAUUCACAUAACUGACUCUACAGAAGUUCCUAAGACAACUCAGAAUGAUGUGCCAGUUUCAGGGGACAAUAUGGCUUUAAGGAGAAGCAUUCAAAGCAGCUUACAAAUGACAUGGCUCGAUGAUGAAGACUCAGAGUCUGUGGACCAGUCCAGUACAGACCUUAACAGAACUGCUGACUCGGCUGAUGCUGGUGAGGAGGUCGAAGAGACGGAAGAGGAGGACGACAAGAAGGAGGAGGAAGACGACAAGAAGGAGGAGGAAGACACAGAUGACAAGGAAGCCACAGAGAAGGUGGCAGAGGAAGUUGUUGAUGAUAAAGAGGAUAAAGGAGAUGAGAAGGAAGAACAGGAAGAAGAGAAAAGUGAAGAGGAAACAGCAGAUGAACAGAAAGUUGAAGAUAAACCUGAGGAUGAACAAGAGAAGGCAGAACCUGAUGGAGGGAGUGACCCAGAGAGUACACCACAGGGAAGUGAGGCUACACAGGAGGAACAGGAGGAACAGGAGGAGGAAGGUAAAGGAGAAAGACCUGAAUCAGAGGGCCAAGAGGCUGAGGAAGCUCAACAGAAGAUUCCAGAGGCUUCAAAGGAACCAGUUGCAGUUAGUCAGCGGGCAGAGGAUACUGAAAGCAAGCCAGACAGCUUACCAAUAUCCGCCAUUACCGUGGACGUGCACAGCAACCGGGAACAGAAACCUCAGCUGGAGAAAUUGGAUCUGGAAGCAGCAAACAUGCCCAUGCCCGUGGAUAACCUACCCUCACUUCCUGGGGAGGGUGGAUCAUUGACUGAACGUCUGGAGCGGGCACUAGGGCCAGUUGCACCACUGCUCAGGGAGAUAUUCGUGGAUUUUGCUCCAUUCUUGUCUAAAACACUGAUAGGUUCACAUGGACAAGAACUUCUUAUUGGAGGCCUGGUGACUUUAAAGCAGAGUACCUCAGUGGUGGAGUUGGUUAUGUUGCUGUGUUCCCAGGAGUGGCAGAACUCAUUACAGAAACAUGCCGGUCUAGCAUUUAUAGAACUAGUCAACGAGGGGAGACUCUUAGCCCACGCUACGAGAGAUCACAUUGUACGUGUGGCAAAUGAGGCAGAAUUCAUUCUCAACAGGAUGAGAGCUGAAGAUGUCCAAAAGCAUGCAGAGUUUGAGUCUUUAGGAGCUCAGACAAUGUUGGACAGAAAAGAGGAAGAAAAACUAUGUGACCAUCUUAUAAAAUCUGCCAAGAGAAGGGACCAUGUGGCCGCUGUCAAGCUAAGGGAUAAAAUACUCAACAUAUUGUCAAACAAACAUGGGGCCUGGGGCGACUCCUCCAAGAAGAGAUCUGAACAUUGGAAGUUAGAUGUAUGGGAGGAUGAUUCCAGAAGGCGGAGAAGGCUUGUAAAGAAUCCCAAUGGUUCUUCCCAUCCUGACGCCACUCUCAAGGCUGCUAUAGAGCAUGGAGCAACAGAGGAUGCCAUUAACCAGGCACGAGAAGCAUUCCACGCCCACCUAGCGUCGACUAAACGGGCACAGCAGACACCCGAUUACACGGACGAGGAACUGCUCAUGGAGGAGCGUGACUUUGAACAAGACUACGCAGGCCCAGUGGCUCUGUCGACUACGUGUAAGCUGAUAGCACCAGGGGUAAUGGUCAACGGGACGAUGGCUAUCACCAAGACGGAACUGUACUUUGAGAUGGACGAAGACAACGAGGAGAAUAAAAAGAUGGACCCACAGGUUUUGUCCUAUGUGGAACAUCUCCAUGGACGAUGGCAUUUCAACGAAGUACGAGCAAUAUUUUCUCGAAGAUAUCUGCUACAGAAUGUGGCUAUUGAAAUCUUUAUGGCAAACAGAACGGCAGUCAUGUUUGCUUUCCCUGACCAUGCUACAGUGAAAAAAGUCAUCAAUGCACUACCUCGUGUGGGCGUGGGGGUCAAAUAUGGACUACCUCAGGCCAGACGAAUGUCCCUAGCAUCAGGAAAACAGCUGUUCAAACUAUCCUGUAUGACCCAGAAAUGGCAGAGACGGGAAAUUUCAAAUUUUGAUUACCUAAUGUACCUAAACACAAUAGCGGGGCGUACUUACAAUGAUUUGAACCAGUAUUCAGUAUUUCCCUGGGUGAUAGUCAAUUACGAAUCGGAGGAACUAGAUCUGAGUCAGCCAAACAACUUCAGGGAUUUGUCCAAGCCUAUUGGAGCACUGAACCCUACAAGGAAGGAGUUUUUUGAUGAGCGAUAUGAGACCUGGGAACAUGACCAGAUUCCACCGUUCCAUUAUGGAACACACUUCUCAACGGCAGCCUUCACCCUUAAUUGGCUUAUCAGAGUGGAGCCAUUUACAACAAUCUUUCUGAAUAUGCAAGGAGGCAAAUUUGAUCAUGCAAACCGGACAUUUUUCUCAAUAGCCCAGGCUUGGAAGAACUGUCAGCGUGAUACCUCAGAUGUAAAGGAACUGGUGCCAGAACACUUCUUUCUUCCUGAGAUGUUAGUCAACGAGAAUGACUUUAACCUAGGCCAGCAGGAUGAUGGUCUGGAAGUCAAAGAUGUAAUCCUCCCACCCUGGGCGAAGAGUCCUGAGGACUUCAUUAGGACCAAUAGGAUGGCUCUGGAAUCUGAGUUUGUGUCCUGUCAACUCCACCACUGGAUUGAUUUGAUAUUUGGAUACAAACAAAGGGGACCUGAGGCAGUGAGAGCCACUAAUGUAUUCUAUUACCUGACAUACGAAGGAAGUGUAGACCUGGAGUCAAUGACUGACCCUGUCAUGAAAGAGGCUAUUGAGAACCAGAUUCGUAGCUUUGGACAGACACCUACUCAGCUACUGACAGAACCCCAUCCUCCACGGAGCUCUGUGAUGCACCUAGCUACUGAAAAAUACAAAAAAACAAGGAGUAUAAUUCACAAGACCCCGAUGAUGUUCUCGACUGUGCAGGACGAUGUGUGUAUGAUCAUGAAGUUCCUGUCCAACUCGCCGGUCACCUAUGUGGCUGCCAAUACUCACCCUGCCGUCCCUGUGCCAGCUGUCACAACCAUCUCCUGUAGCCAUAACUUUGCCAUUAAUAAGUGGAAUCCGAGCUACCAGCAACAAGGCACACCAACAAGCUUUUCUUCAGAGAAGCCAGAAACUCAGGCCAACCUGCCUCUGUCUAUGGACCAGCUGUUAGCCCUCAACACAGGCCUACAGAGGCGCACCCUGGGAGACAACUUUGAUGAGAGGAUGAAAUCUAGGCAUUCCUCAUUUACUACAUCUGCUGAUAACCGCUUUAUCUUUGCCUGUGGAUUUUGGGACAAAAGCUUUCGUCUGUUUUCUACUGAAACAGCUAAAAUCCUACAGGUUGUACAUGGCCACUUUGAUGUGGUGACUUGUCUUACCCGUUCUGAGUGUAAUCUUAAUCAAGACUGCUACAUCAUCACUGGCUCCAAGGACUGUACCGUGAUGGUAUGGAUGUUCACCGCCAGAAACAUGGCUAUCAUCGGUGACAACGGCAGUCUGGAGCACCCCACCCCCAAGGCCACAUUGACUGGCCAUGAGUCUGAGGUUACCUGUGUCGCUGUCCUGGCCGAGCUCGGCCUGGUCAUGAGUGGAUCACAAAGUGGACCAUGCCUGGUACACACCCUGAGUGGGGAUCUGCUGCGGUCACUGGAGGCUCCUGAAGGUUGUAGGACACCUCAGCUUAUCACUAUGUCCAGAGAGUCCUUUGUCCUUGUCAAGUUCGACGAGGGUCAUAUAUGCAACUUCAGCAUCAAUGGACGCUUACUUCUCAAUGUCCGUCACAAGGAUAACAUUCAGUCAAUGAUCCUGAGUCGUGAUGGCCAAUACAUGAUGUUGGGUGGUUCCAAUGGAGUGGUGGAGGUGUGGCGCUCUCAUGACCUCACCCUGCUGUAUGCCUACCCACCCUGUGAUAGUGAGAUCAGGUCACUUGCUCUCACACAUGAUCACAAGUUUUUGUUAGCCGGAUUAGGAACUGGAUGUCUUUUGGUAUUCAACAUUGAUUUCAAUAAGUGGCACCAUGAGUACCAAGAACGUUACUGAAUUGUUUGUGGACAUUGUGAAGAUUAGAAGUAGUACUAAAGGUCUAUAGGACCCCUAUGUAUCAGCACUGGUACUGAGAGGUAGUGUGUGGACAGCACUAAUAACAGGAACAGUGCUUAGAGUGUGAACACUAUUGAGUAUCAGGAGUAAUAAUACUGAGCAGGUUGUGGAGGAAUGAUGCCGAGGGACGACGUGCUGGCACCCCUUUGGCAUGCAUGUGUGUUCUGUGUAUGUUCACAAGACUUGUGUGUGUAAGGGUGGGUGUGUGUGGUUUGAUGUGGUCUAGUGAUUGAUGAAUUUACAUCUAUAUUGACAAUAUUUAUCUGUCUACAGGAAAACACUUCUGUAAGACACACUGCAUUAUAAGUCCAUAGUAAAUUGAUUGUAGCAAAUCUGGAAUCAGUAAAAAUAGUUUAUUGCUCAGCAAGAAAGGAUAAGGUUCAGGAGCUGUAGUUAGGCAUUACCUAGUAAAUGUGUCAUAGCUAGUCAACACUAUUGCCCUAUAGGAUGAGUUGAAGCACAACCACUAAUAUUUUAAUGACACGUACAAUGAAGUGUGACACUGCUCACAAGACUAUUGCUUUGUAAAGCAAUUUGUGGUUCAAUUACCUGUAAAAAUCUUCAUUAUUGCCCCUGGGUGGCAACGGUUGUAUCAAUUGUUGUCCUGUAGGGUGACUUAUGGCACUGCCACUAAAACCUAUUAUCCUGCAGAAUGAUUUGAAGCACGCUUUAACAUCUCAUUACCAUACUAGCUAUGGCACUGCCGAUACUGGCUGAACGUACAUUUUAUGAUACAGCUACUCCAAUAAAUUAUUUCUUUUGGCAAUUUAACUGUAUAUUGCCCUGUCGGACUGUUGUAGAAUGUUGGGCAUUGAGGAUUAUUCCUGUUCAGUAGUUCUUAAUAACAGUACUUUGAGAGUAGCUUGAAAUAAUGGGCAUUUAUUUAUGAGGCUAUGAUUUACAAUGUGAGAAAAGUUUACAAAAUGAUAUAUUGCCUGCAUGAUAGAUCAAGCAAGUGAAUGUCUGAUGCAAGAGGAAUGAUGUCCAUUUACUGUUGUAUAAGAUGCCUUUGAACCAUGUUUGGAUGACUAUAACCAGGAUCCAGACCUACAUGUCCAAAUCUUGUAAACUAUAAUGAUAACCAUUUUGAAAUUAUUUUCCUCGCAUGUUUGAACCAAUACCAAACAACUAAACCUGAUUUUGGAUGCUAAUAUGUUUUGAAAAGGUUACGUGGGGUGUCCCUGUAUUUUUUUCUGCUGGUAUUAAUGUAUAUACCAUAUUAUUUUGCAUACUUUUACAAUUUUAACGAACUCAUUGCUGGAUAUUAGGUUUAUACUAAUAGGUUCCUAUAUGGGUAUAUGAACACCUGAUUUUCCUGUAGGAAUUUAAAAACUAGUUGUUUGCUCAUUAAAAUCUAUACUACCAUUCCAGAGUUACUACCUGAAGUAUCUCGUGUUUAUUUUACAUUUUUUACCCAAAAGUUGCUUUGUUAUGAUGGUUACUUCUUUGAUGUUUUCAUUUUUUAAGAUUUGUUCAAGUUUAGAUUAUGUACUGUUGACUUUGAUUAACGCUUAGUCUAAAGGUUAUAUGGUUUCAUUGGUGACGUCAGAUUAGAAUUUUUAAACCUUAUACAAGUUCUCUGAUAUAAUUCCUGUUUAACAGAGUCAUCUCCUAGAAUCCUUAAAUUGGUGAAAACAUUUCACGUUAUUGAAAGUACUUAAAAUGAUAAUGUCAAAGUUAUUUGAUAAGAUGUAAUUUUUCUACAGGAAAUAUGAAGCAGAAAAUGCUAUGAGGAUGCUAGGUUUAAACUUUAUAUAUUUGAGAUUAAUUAGAUAGUUCUAAGGACUUAGCUGUAGUAUAGAGUUUUGAUAUUACAUUUAUGUCAGAAAAUUUAAUAGGUAUGAGAAUUUGAAGAUAACUUGAAGUGAUAUUAAAUUUUUAAUAUAAACAUUCCUAUUGCUUGGUUGAAAUAUUUUGACAUAAUUUUUUUUAUCUGUGUGUCAAUCUUUUGCUACUUUGAAGGUUGUACAAUAAGGCAUAUUAAUGUUUAAAUUUCAUUGAGGAAAAAAUUUAACUUAGCAGUCAUUUUAUCUCCGCUAAUAGCACAUUCAAUUGGGUAUACCUUUGAAAAAAGACAAUGAUGCAUAUGAAGUGAAUAAGCUGUAUUCAUAAAGAGCAUAUUGAGUGGGGUACCCUUUUGAAAUGAAGUGAAAAUCUCACAUUAGCACUUUGCAUUGUGUACUGGUAGGUAGCACUGUAGAUAGUGCUGUAAUCAUUUAAAAUCUUCUUUCUUAUAAUCUAUUAUGACUUGCUUCCUAUGUAGUUUACUUGGGUCCAUUAACACAUUAAUGCAAUAUUAUGGUGAGAAUUAGUUGUAAAAAAACAUUUAAUGUGUGGGGUUUGAGCAAGGUUUAAACAUGUUUGUAAAAUUGUAGGCUUGUAUAUUAUUGUUAUAUAGUAUAUAUAUAUAUAUAUUGGUGUAAAUAAAGAAUUUUAAAGAAAAUAUUCCCACCAUUAAAUGGAUUGAUUCUUCCAUUAAAUGGAAGUUUAUUAUAUAAUGUACACUAAUUUGGAAAUUGUCUAAAAUGCAGGGAUUGAAUAUGUGGGUGGGUAUUUAAGGAGUAAAGGUAAUUAUUUACUAAAUGAAAGGGUGGACUGGGGAAUCUUUGUAAUAAUUAAUUUGAGACUUUAUUUAUUCAGGAAUUAAUUUAACCCAUUCACGUGCAUGCUGAUGUCUGUUGUAAAGUUAUUUCUAGCUUUGGAAAUAAUCUGCUGUAUCAGUGAUUUAUUUUUCAGUUUUUGUUAAUACAUCUACAGUGUAGUAAAUACCUUAUCUACAUUGUCAUGUUAUUUAAUGCAGUUAACAAAAUUUAGGUGGGUAUAAAUGUGAAAAUAUAAUCAUUAAAACUAAAGGAAAAACAAAUGCAAUUUUCUUAAUGUAAUCAUUAAAAUAUAUUUCAUCUAAAUGAAAUUCAGUUUAAACUGCAUUGAUCGUCUCAAAAUUAGUGGGAUAGAUACAUAAUAAAAUGUGCUAAAUAUAGUAGCAAAUAAUAAUAUAUAAUAAAGAUCUUGAAAGAAUGGGUAUUUACCCUGUAUAUGGUCUGUAAAGUAGUUACGCGGUUUAUAUUUAUGUAUAUUGUUACUUUUGUGUGUAUAUGUGUACGUUACCAGGUAUGCAAGUACCCAUCGCUAAUCAGAUUUGUUUUUUUAGAGAGGCUAUUUAUACAUACUAUUUUGGAUGAUAUAUCAAAUUCAUUACAUGUAUUUCGUGAACAAAACAUAUCAAAAUUCUCUCUCUUUUUUUCCUUCGAUGAAUUUGUUACUUGUGUUUGUGAUAUAGAGCAGCUUUUACUGAGUUUGAUGUAUUUAUAUGUGACACGUUGGUUGGUUCUGACCGGCAUCCAUGCUGACCAGGUCAGAUAUUGGUAUGGUAGCAAUAGCCACACUUAAUAAAUUUUUUGAGUCAGGUC